AUGCGCGUCUCCUGGACCAAGUCUCUAUGCCUUGCGUCCUUGCUGGCUAGUUCCGUAACAGCCCUUUACAUCGAGCCGGCAGAAUUGCAUUCGCUCGUUGCUCGCGAACUCCCACAGGAAUGGCGGGGGUUUGACAAUAGCGAACGAGAUCAACAGAAAAUCAUGAAAAUAUCUCAGGCCUUUAGAGAUAUGGAUACUAUGUCUUCGGAUGAGCAGACAGCGCUCAUUGUCCUUGGGCACUACUUCAGUCCUGCUCAAAAGACCUCCGGCGAUUUUACCCAAAAACAAAUCGUUCUCCAAGUGCUAAAAAAUAUGGUUUUUCCAAAGAACUUGAAAUCUCACAAUGCCGGUUCAGAUUUCUUGGCAGGUUUGACGAUUCAUAAUGCUCUCGAUAAAGGGACUUGCUCAGAUUUAGAUACCCAAGGCAAGAAGAGAACUAUUGCGGCGUACACGGAGUCGAACGAUUGCGAUACAUCAAUAUACUUCUGCGACAUUGAUAGGGUCAACCCUUACAAAUACCCGGAUCUUUCUAACUUACCAACAGACGAGGCCCAGUGCAGGGAAGUCUUCAAAAAGGAUGCCAAGGUGUCUCCUGAAAUGACUCCAUUGGCUUAUAUUCUGAUUCAUGAAUUGACCCACACUUGUGAGGUCAGCGAGGCACCAUUCGACAACGCGAAGGUACCAGGCAACCUAAAAGUCACGGAUGAUCCUGCGUAUGGGCCCCAGGGUACAAGAGCACUCAAAUAUAAACAGGAAAAAGGCCAAUAUCCUAGUACCAAGCAUGUCCUUCUAGGGCCAGUUGAGAAUGCAGAUAGCUAUGCGUGGUUUGUUGUUGAGGCCUACUUUUCGUUGCUCUGUGGCCAGAAAUUCGAGGCACCAACUUCAAACCAACUUGUUCGCGACGGGAUCUGUCCGAAGGGGCCAAACCAGUGCACCGUCAUGUAA